AUGGCUUCCGCAUCCGCCUCGCCACCGGCGAACGCUCGCGCACCGCAGGCGCUGUCCAAGUCCACUCUCCUGGGCGGCGUUGGGGAUCUGGACGCGGCCGUGUCCAUUCGCCUCCACGCCCUCUUCCUCCCGGUGCCCCGCCUCUUCCUCAAGGCCUUCGAGGUCGCCGGCGACGGGCGCAUCUGGCUCCCCGUCCCCAUCUCCCUGCUGCUGAUCUCCACCACCACCUCGUCCGUGGUCUCCCCUCUCCUCGCCGGCCUCGUCGUGGGCCUGGUGCUCGACCUCGCCUUCGUCGGCCUCGCCAAGCUCAUCGUCCGCCGCCCGCGCCCGGCAUACAACGCCGCGGACAUGUACGUCGCUGUCGCCGUUGACCACUGGUCCUUCCCCAGCGGCCACUCCUCGCGCGCCUUCCUCGUCGCCGCCUUCCUCGCGGACGGGGGCCUCCCUCUCCCUCGCGAGGUGCUGUUCCUCUGGGCGGCCGCGACUUCGGCGUCAAGGGUGCUUCUGGGCCGGCACUACAUUCUCGAUGUGGUCGCCGGGGCUUGGCUCGGCGUGCUGGAGGCCUGGCUCAGCAACUUGAUCUUGAGAUUCUUGUGCAGCCGCAGCAGCUUUCUUGUGUGCUAG